CGAACUGCUGAUGCUGGAGAACACAGUUGAUUUGUGACCGUUUGACAACAGCAGUUAGUAGUUGCGCGUGCUUGUCGAACCGAGUUUAUACGCUUUCCCGGUAAUCGUCGUCUACUAGAUGAUGAUCCAUCGUUAGUAUUGCCCAACCAGCACCAAUUUGUGUGUGUAGUUUGAACUGUGCGAGCAGUAGGCGUACAACAGUUCGUUGCUAUAAGUGUAUGCUGGUAUACAGUGUAGAACAACUUUUCGUGAAUUUUGAUCACCACACUAGGUACUGCAAGUGCGUUAACCGAAAAAAAACGGACACAGAAAACACGCACACGCUACACCGUGGUAGCAGAAGAGAGCGCGCGAUGGAAAAAUAGGUUAUCGAUUGUUUCCGUUUUUUUUGUGUGUGUAUGUGGUCGGUGCAAAAACAAAACAUUCAAAGUGCAAAGAGAGAGAACAGCCGUUUCAACUAUCGUUUUGUGGACACGAAAAGAAAAUGUCUCAUUUUGCGAUGAAUUAGUCCCGAAAAAAAUAUUGGAAAAACAAGCAUUAAAGCGCCACAGCACACAACGUACGCAUUGUUUCGCCAAAGAGCGAGAAUAGUGUAGAAGUUAUGUUUUGAAACGUUCGUUUGCUUCCUUCGUGUGCGUUCCAGACAACCUGACUGACUGACUGCGGUAGUUGCCGAACGCAGACCAUUACCGGGCACAAUACGUCCAUACGUGAAAAUUGAGUUUAAAUUGCUUAAUAAUACCUGUGUCCGGCUGCUACUAGUAAAUGUUCCACAGCUCCCCUAUAUACACCAUCCUGAAACCCUCGCGACGGGGAUGAAAUCUUGCUCUUGUUUUUUUUUCCACUUCCCAUGCGGGAUUCCCAGAACAUGCGUACCCCUUUUGCUUUUUGCAGCGCAAACAAACAACCCAAGGGCUGUAUGCCCAGGUUGAGGAACCUUAACUCGCACGUGCGUGUUUACUUGCGUGCGUACACAUUAAAGGGAAGCAAACCGUACACCGUUACUACCGUGCGUACCUGUAACAACCCCUUGGAACGUUUAAUGGCCCCCUUUCCGGGUGGUGUUUCGAUAAAUUAGAAACCCAACCCCACACAGCCGGGAAAGCAAAAACAGUUCCGCUCAUUGUGUUUUCCCUUUAGGGUUUGUGUCCUGUUUUAAUCCUUCACCUGCUAGGCUUGUGUUCUGCCUUGUAGCGUUUCCACAGCGACGUACCCGCGCGAGUGUAUGUGAACUAGUGUGUUUUUGUAUGUGUUUGUAGGUACUUAAAGCCGUCCUUUGGUCUUGUUUUGCUUCUUUUUUUUUAAAUCGUGGUUAUUUAUUCGUUUUCUCCAUGGCCGUUUUGAAGUGUUCCAUUGAUGAGUGGUGUGUGUGCGUUUGUGUUGGUGGUGAAGUUUGAACCGCACGCUAAACUGAGCACGAGUUGGUGUGUUCGUCCUCGCGAAAGGACGAGACGAGACAGAUCAUCUGUCAAAAUAAAUUUUGCCGGUCGUGCGUCGCCUCCUUUGUUUUCGCCAUCUGUGCAGAUGUAUGCGUACACCAGGUGACAGUUACAGUGGGAAGUCAGGAUGUUGGGUGGAUUCAUAUUUUCUUUGCCAUUGCAGUUAUCGUCGUGUUUCGUUUGGUGGUUCCGUUUAAUAACCAAUAAUUCAAAGAAAAUAUAGUGUUCUCUCCGGUGGUCCUCCCCCAAAAAGGUGGUCCAGACAAGGAUUAGUUACUGACCAGCGUGACCAGAUCACAUUUGCCCGUUAGUAAGCUGGUACUCUGGUCUCUCUCUCUCUCCCUAGUGGUAUUGCAUUUCGUUUGCUGUGUGUGUUAGUGCUGGGUGAAGAAUUCAAUUUAUCAACGAUUCCGCGCGUGUCUACGGUGCCAGACCGUUUCGUCUGUCCACGGCGGAUGAACAGUUGGAUAUUGAAUAACCCAGGCUCUUGGGGCAGGGAAAGAAAAAUUGCUUCUUCCCGUACAGCGUAUCGCCGUUUGUGUGCACACAAACACAGAACCCCCCCGGCACGAAAGGAUGCAGCGUGAUAAAUUGAACUGUCACAACACGAAAGGUACGUGAAGCAAUUUUUCAAUUCAACAACAUUUGUGAAUCUUUCUCUGAUUGCUGCCUCGGAAACAUGGUUGUCGGCAGCGGGUGUGAAACCCGUUCGAGCUAUCCCCGUUUUCCAGCACACCUUCGUCAGAAAGUCAUUAACAACAAUCGGCAACAGAUGGUGAUAUCGGCAUAGGGGAAGACGGUUAGCUGACGAUGUGGUGACAAAAAGGGUACUGAAACGCUAGAAGAAGUUAACGCACCUUACCAGGUGUUCCACACUCCCAAUGGUGACGUUCCCGAUGGCACUGCAGAAUACGCACGGUCCAGCAGAGCAGCGCAUGUAUCAAGGUGCUAGCGAUAGCAUCAUCCAGUGUCGACCAAAUCCGUCUGCACAAUCAUAUCCCGAUGGGCGGUGGCUUCAAGCCGUUGCCACGCUAAACAUUGCUUCGUAGUUAGGUAUUCAACAACAAAACAAACCAAAAAAACAGCUUACCUGCUAGAGGGUGCAAGCCUUCUCCAUAUUGCGUCUACUAGUUCCAGCUGCUCGGGAGAAAUAGUUCUAUCGCACUGUCAGUGUAUCGAACAUAGAUAGCUUAUAGAAGAAGAAAAAAACAACCCACAUACCAACUGCUACCGGAAUUGAUAACCGUAGCAGUAUCUCGUGCAUUAAUGCAGAGACAUUACCGAUCGGUAAAGGAAAAGGAAUCAUACUGUCGACGGCUUACGGGUCCGGUACCGUUCGCAAGCAUGCUCCGAUCGUACAAACUGUACCUGAUGCUGCUGAUUAGCUCGAUCUUCUUUAUCGUGUGCCAGAACCAGGGUUCCAUCACCAACCUCGUCAGCAAUGGGGCGGUCGCUUCGUCUGCAUCCGUAGACGAGAUGCCGCUCGGUGUGCCGGAUGUAGUUGCGGCACCACUGCAAGCACUCGGCGUAGGUAACGAUGGCAUUGAGCUGCUGUACGGCGAUACCGAGCCUGGGCUCGGUGCGGAAAAGAUCCGGUCGAGGAGCCUCAAUUUCAAGGAUAUGUCAUCGAAGCAGAAUGAUCGUUCGUCAUCUACUUCGGCCGCUACGAGUAGUUCGGCAGCGACAACAACCAGCACGACAACAACCACGGUCAGGACGACGCCCACAACGACCACAGCGAAGGUAACGAAGAGCGCCAAAGGAAAACCCAUAUCGAGCGCCACUGGAACGGACGGUAGAGUUGCGGAUGUACCGUAUCGAUUUCCGGUGGACACGAAGCUGCUACCCCCGCUGUACAUCAUCACACCGACGUACCGACGGCCGGAACAGAUACCGGAGCUUACCCGGCUCGGUUACACGCUGAAACACGUACAGAACGUUCUGUGGAUUGUGGUCGAGGACUCGGAGAAUCGAACCGCCACUGUCGCACGGCUGCUGGAGGAGAUCGGUGUACCGUUUGUGCAGCUUGCCGCUCCCAUGCCGGCCCAGUACCGCAAGCAUAAGGUUAAACCACGUGGUGUUUCAAACCGAAACCGAGCGUUACAGUGGAUCAGAGCGAACGCAACGGAAGGAACGCUCUACUUUGCCGACGAUGACAACACGUACAAUCUGAAGUUAUUUGAGCAGCUGCGUCACGUACGCAAGGUCGCCAUGUUUCCGGUGGGUUUAAUCUCCAAGUAUCAGGUUAGCUCACCGGUCGUAAAGAAUGGUACGAUAACGGGUUUCUACGACGGUUGGCUCGGUGGUCGCAAAUAUCCGCUCGAUAUGGCCGGUUUCGCCGUAUCGGUUAAGUUUCUGCACACACGCCCCAAAGCCCAGAUGCCAUUCAAGCCCGGUUACGAAGAGGACGGUUUCCUGCGCAGCUUGGAACCGCUCGAACUAAAGGAGGUGGACCUGUUGGCAUCAAACUGUACGGAGAUACUGACAUGGCAUACGCAGGCAAGGAAAAAUCCACCCGCACCGGCACUGGACCAGAAGAAGUACGGUGGCACGAACCUGGUACAGCUCACUAGUUGGCUCGUGUAGAAAGAGUGGACCACGACCGGACAUUCGCUGAUGGUGCCGCGUUGGCUAAAGAAGCUCUCCGUUUGGGUCUUUAGAGGAGGCCCAUAAAGAGUUGCGUUUUUCCGCGUCGUAGAGAGAACGAGACAUGAUUCAUACAGCUAUACGGACCUUGCUGUACACCCCCCCCCCAGCAUUACGAGGAAAUCAUGCGUUUGAAAUGGUAUUUUUUCAGAAUAAUUUGUGAUCAAAAAAACAACAAAAUCUUUCCUCGUUAAUGUAAAACUGUUGCUCAGAAAGAUUAAUGGCGACGAUAGAUGUCGAGACAGGUGGUGUGAUUGGUACUUAACAUAACAGCUCAUUGUACAUCAUUCCGCGCAUGGUUCAACACCAAAUCAGUACCGAACCGAACUGACAUGCUCGAAACCGCAAAAGUACAGAUUACUUUCCACACUGCAAAGAAAACGGAAAAUGCCAGUAGAAUGUGCAAAUGACACAAAUAUCAUGAUAUACUGUCCCAUUUUACAGAACUUAUCGUAGGUUAGAAUAUGCACCAAAGAAGUGGCCAAAACUGAUCGAUACAUAAUAGAAAAGACACACACGUGCGCGAAUACAAACCAACAUUCAAAUGGGAGGUGAACUGGUUUUUUGUAGAUAUUAUUAUAAUGGUCGCUUCAAACCAAAAGGGACACUUUUCCAAAACUAAUACUAAUUUGCAAUAAGAGAGUUAAUACAAUAAUGAUUUCCGGACGUUUUAAAUACUCUGCAUUUCGUUUAACUGCUAGAGUUGAGAUUGGAUGAAGCAUUGCGUACGUUCAGUACCACGUGACAGCAUAAAUCCCCGGUAUCGGUCGUCUCUCCGGUCCAAGUUCCCGUGUAAUCGUUAACAAACCGUAUACAUUGCGUACAACUAUUCAAACUAUAUACACUUACAUACAUUCACGUUUUUCACUUAUAAACCACUCAAGCAUUGGGGGGGUUCUCACCACUAUAAUACCCCAAUCCUCCCAACGUUCUGGUGCCCCAACGAUCACGGUUGGUGGUGGUGAAUAUUAGUCAUCCCCCGCAAAUUGGUGGAUUCUUUUUAGAUAGUAAAGUUUUUUAACAAAUUUCUAGCAUCUAGACAAUGGUGUACUACCAGCCGGGUGGAAUUGGUCAGAAUCGUAGGGAUGCCCGGUGCUCACUGCUAUUGUGGUACCAUUUGGCCCCAUUGGGAUAUAUUUGUAAAUAUAGUGAUACUCGAAAAAUACUUCGUUUUACUUCAACCGUUUUAGUUAACGUAGCCUAAGUGAUCAGUAUAUUUGCUGUAUUCAAGCUCUAUUUUAAGGUGUAGUUUUAACAAAAAAAAAUCGUACGUACUAGUCCACCUUUUAGGCUGUCCGAGUGGUAGUGAUGAGGUGCAGUAUGCUGGCAGGUGGUAGUGGUCAACAGAUCACACCGAAGGAUGGCAGAAUAUAACAAAGAGCAUAGUACAGCAAACAUACCGAAAGUACCUUUCCAGCAAACGGUGUAAAACAAUCGAAGGUGAGACUCCUCGAACUAGUAACGUCCACGUGUAACGUUUAGGUGGAUGGUGAGAUGCACUGCAGGUGGUAGAGUGUACUCGUUCAGGUUCCUUUUCCUCUAGUAACAUUUAAGCGAAGUAUGUUAAAUCAACCAGAUAUCAAACCAAAUAUUCAACCGUAUAACAACAACCGAACAGAGCAUAAACUCUUUCGCGAACGAGCUUCUUCUGAUGUAAAACUAGCUGUUUAUUGACUCUCUUUAUCAAGUGUGUACCGUAGGAUAUAUUACGUCUGUGCAUCGUUUUUUUGUUCUGAAUUAAUCAAAUGUGCUUUCGUUUCGGUGAUAAACCUCGAUAUACCAGUUCCAAUGUAAUUCUAUGAAGCUUUUGUAAAAGCUAUUUCGCUUUCGUUUCACAUUUCGAGCUAAUAUAUUUGUGAAUUUCUUUCAACCUUUCAUUACUGUUUGUUGUCAAGGAAAGUGCUAGCAUUCUUACAUUAAGCUGCUGGGAAAUCUUUUAACAUUUGUCGGUGUUAUUGAACAUUAUUGAAAAACGAAACGAUUACAAGAUAAAACUAUCGGCGGGGGAAAAAAGAACGAACAGUAACAAUGAACCACGGGCAAAUGAGCGGGAAAUGAGGGAAAACAACUUGUGAUCUUUAGCUGGAUUUGUAGGGACAAAAGCAAGUAUGAUCGUACGGAAAAGCUGUAGCGAAGGGAAAGGUGAUUGUGGAUGAUGGAGGAGAUCAAUCGAAAAAUAUGCAACCUGGAAACCGUACACAAAAAAGAAAAAUCCAGUCCGGUAAUCAUCCAGAGAAGUGAUAAUCUACUAUUUGACUCACAUGGUGUGAGUUGUGCGACGGUGAACAAGAAGUGGGUGGAAAAUUGAAAUGAAAACAAUAAACUUGACUUCUAUCUUACCGAUUUCA